AUGUGGUUCUCCGUUGGCGGCAGCAACCUCUUCCCUCCUCCUUCUAAGGACUGGCUCCAGAAUGCUCUCUCAGAUCCUGAAGGGCUAGGCUGGGGGGGUGAGGGACAACCCGCAGAGAAGGUGCCGAAGAUGUGCCAGGCUGAGGAAGAAGACAAGGAAGAAGAGAGUGCUCUGCUCUCUCUCUUGGACAGAGGGAAUCUGGAGGAGGUGCUGGGGCCUGACUUGGAGACAGGUGUUUCCGCCCAUGUGCCCCAAGGAGAUGGGCGGGAGCUGGAAGACAUCAAAACCAAGCUACAGAAAAUAAAGGAGGCCCAUGAGAGACAGGAGCUCAAAGGUAUGAAAGAGACUGGACAGUGGCAACAGCCACAGGAGGAGGAGAGGGAGGCGGUGGCAGAAGCUUCCAGUCCAUUGCUAUCGCCAGCCCCAUGUGACAAUGAGGCCACUCAUCUGCUGAACCUGGAGAACGGUAUACCCUUCCAAGGGGUUGAGAAGUUAGAGGCUGAUUACAGAUCUGUCUACGUAGGCAAUGUGGAUUAUAGUGGUACGGCUGAGGAGCUGGAGUCCCUCUUCAACUGCUGUGGCGAAGUCAACAGGGUCACCAUCCUCUGUGACAAAUACUCUGGACACCCCAAGGGCUAUGCCUAUAUUGAAUUUGCCUAUGAGGAUUCAGUGAAGACCGCUAUGGAUCUGGAUGAAACCAUCUUUAGAGGCCGGAUAAUCAGGGUUCUGCCCAAAAGGACCAACUUUCCUGGGAUCAGCACUACAGACCGAGGAGGCCUGCGGGCUCGACAUUCUGGCAGAGGAGGCCCUCUUCACCGGUAUGGUGCUUGUAUUGGGGAGCGAUCAAGGCCUAGGUGGAGAAGUCACAGGGGGCAUGGAAGAUUCUCCCAGUGGUUUGAGCCAUACUAGAGGACUGGAGAUAUCGGCUGUGAAGAAAACAGGAUGACUGAGAUCUGGGACCAUCUUAACUACAUAACCAGCAUGCUCAACUGGGAUUUAGUAGGGGUGGGGUGGCAUAGGAUAAAUCUGGUACAGAGUACAAUGCAACCAAAACAGAUACCAGCUGGUUAGGCAAACCCAGGCGCUGAACUACAGACCUACAAGAGGCCUCAGGUUUUAGGCAUGUGAAGCUCUUUCCUUUUUUGUUUGUCUCUAUCUAGAGGCAGGUCAGUCCAUGUUAUCGUGGAGGCAUGUGGACUCCCUGAGGACCAAUGCUCUUAGAGUUAGUCUGGUCUCAGACCUCUGGCCUUUUGGCCCCUUGGACCAAGGCUGGCAGGACAUUCUCAGCCAAAGCCUCAAAGCACUAUGAUCUAAAUCAAGGUAUCUGGGUUUCAGGCCUCCAGCCAAUCUCUUCCUACCCCUUUUCCUUUUUCAGAGCACCAUGACUUUGGUUUGGGAUUGUA